AAAAAAGUAUUUUACAAAACUAGUUGAGUUAAUUCACAAAUAACCAAACCUUGAUAAAAGACAAACGAAUUUCAUUUACGUAUUGAUCAACUGCUUCUGUUGCAUUUUACAAAAAUAUUUUUGUUAUUUGAGUUGGUUAUAAGCUACAAAAUUUUAUGUUAUCCAAUACAAAAUUCGGUUUCGGCACUUUGCAACAUAAUAUGUUUGGCUAUACUCUACACACUUGUGAAUUUACAGUUGACCCAACUAAAACUAUUUUUUUAACGAAUAGUUGCUGUUUUUCAAGUCUGCUAUAUUAGUUUGUUACCAGCUAAAUAGUAUUGUUGAGAUUUGUUUUGCAAAGUUACUAAAAAUAAACAAAAAAUUUGGCUGAGAUCAACUAAUAUUGAUUAUGUUGGUUUUAGAAUAUUUUUGGUUAUCAAUAAUACAGCAAUAUAAUAGGUGGUGAAUAAAGUUAUGCUGGGCAUAACAAAACGUUUUGGUUACAUCAAACACUAACGGUCACGGAAGUAACCUGUAGAAACCUGUUCUUCUCGUGUUGCGUUGCGAGGCGAGUGUAGGUACUAGGUAGUGGAUGUGUGUCUAUUGUGCAAUGUGCAUCGUCUAUGGCGAGCGGGAAAGCCGCGUUUUCGAUUUUAUGCAUGUAUCAUAUAUCAUCAAGCAACGUCAAGAAGAUUUCAAGAAUGGAGCCGCCGCCGGUAGACGAGGCGGCAGAGAAAACGAUCUCGGACUAUCUGCGGUCUUGGGGAUUGGAAGCCUACAUUCCAAAAUUUUUGGAAGAAUCCAUUGAUGUGGAGACUCUCCAAAUGUUAUCAGAGGCUGACCUGAAAGACUUAGUGCCAAUUAUUGGACACCAGGCUAAGCUGACGACACAAAUCAAACUUUUGACCAAUAUAAUGUCAAAUGCUUUUGAGAACACUAGUCCAAUGAAGAACAAACUGAUUUAGCCGCUCUAACAUCGCUACCUUUUUUGAUGAGCACAUCAAAUGUUACUUCUACAAAGAAAGCAACUAAAAAGACACACUGGAGACCAUCAAAGCGAGAGGUAUUGGAAGGCUUCAUAACUCAAGUCGCAAGUCCAGCUGAGGUAGCAGUAGAGAUAACAAGAAAAAGAGACAAGCUUAUGGAAAUGGACCUUCAAAUGCAACCUUUUGUAAUUGCAGUUGUGUCACCGAAUAAAUCAAUUACAGCAAGGUACAUAGUGAUUAAUAACAUAACAUAUGAAAUGCCAACUAUUACAAAAGCUGUAGAAGUUUUUUUAAAGGCGAUUUUUGUAUUGAAUGCUGAAUAUCCUAAAGAGUCCCGUCAUGUCUGGCAGUUUGUACAAACUGUACUUUUUGAGUUAAAAACGAAAUAUGAUAAAAGCUUUACUGCAGUAAAUACACUUAUAUCGGAUCUCGGCAUUAAAACAUAAAGAACAAGCAUUGAUCACAUAAAUCGCAUAUAAGCAUACAAACUAAAAUGCCCAAGUGUUUCCUAUGUUUGAAAGACCUGACAAGUGUACCGAACCUAAUGACACAUUUUUCUUUGAAUCAUGAAAGACAAAAUUUCAGUGUUUAUCAUUGCAUUGAACUAGUGCAACUAUUUAUUUCCACUAUUUCCAUUGUAGUUAUUUUUUGGUAAAUGCUUCCUACUAGAAAAUAGAAAUAGAAAGUUUGUGAGGAUGUAUGUAUAGAUGUUUACAGCAUUUAGCAAAAAUUAACUACAAUGGAAUGAAAAAAGUAGUUUGCAUUAGUUUCAUUUUUUAACUUCAAUGAAACUAGUGGAAAUGAUCGAAUUUUAAAUACUAUUUUAGUGUAUGUAGCUAGGUUUGGCUAGUAUAGUGUGCUAGCUCUUUGUCUGAAUUAAUUAUAAGUUCCUACUAAAAUUAAUUGAUUUGAUACUUAAUAAAUAAAUAUAAUUGUAAAAACAAAGUUGUUUUUCUUAUUCUAUCUCAAGUUUGUAACCGAAAUGAAUACCAUAGCAGGUGAGAUUUGGGGAAGGAUAUAUCUUGCUAAAACUUCUUAUAGGUAGGUAAAUGAAAAUCUACAAGAAAAAAAAAACUUCAGGCUGAUGCUACAGGGUAGCCCGCGAAAUUCAAAUUUUCUUACGUUUUUUGCAAUUUGCAGGCCAGUGCUAGGUUGUAUGUAGAUUAAAAUAUUGUUCGCGAUUGUAAGACGUAUGUAGUUACAGAACUAAUAAUCAUCAAAAGCAUCAGUACAAUCCUCCAAGUUGUAAAAGGUCUAGCAAAAAAGAUUUUUUCAAGGUCAAAGUCAUUGCUAGACUUUUACAACUUGGAGGAUUGCACUGAUGCUUUUGAUGAUUAUUAGUUCUGUAACUACAUACGUCUUACAAUCGCGAACAAUAUUUUAAUCAACAUACAAUCUAGCACUGGCCUGCAAAUUGCAAAAAAACGUAAGAAAAUUUGAAUUUCGCGGGCUGAUCGGAGCAGUCACUCUAACUAAAAAGUUAUGUUACUUUUAACCGAAAAGUUCAGUUACAAAUAACAAAAUAUUUUGGUUACAAUAAUAUUAUAAUGAUGUAACUAAUAACUGAACUAUACCAAACCCAUGACCAAGUUUUAACCAAACGGAUUUGUACGCGCUAACAAUAAAACGUGGCUAUUUUUACAUAACACUUUUGUUUUAUAAUACACAUAUUAAGUUAUUUAUUCUAGAACACUUUGGUACAACGUGAAUAAUAAAUUUGUUAAGAAGUUAUUAUUUUUGUCGAGCCACUAAUAACAGAUCUCUAAUAACAAAACUGAAUUUGUCUAAUAAGAACUAUAGUUAUGUAGUCACUAUUUUUAUGUAACAGGUUACUCAAUUGUUUGUUAUUUGUUACUCAAAACUUUUU